UGCGCCGGGGGGCCGGAUCCCAGCAUGGCCUCGGGCGGGGGAGGCGGCGGCGGCGGCAGCGGAGGGGGGAAGAUCCGGACCCGGCGGUACCACCUGGGCACCUCGAAGCCCUACCCGAGAAACAAGCAGCAGGGAAUCAUUAGCAGAGUUACAGAAUCAGUGAAGAAUAUCGUACCAGGGUGGUUACAAAGGUACUUCAAUAAAAGUGAAGAUGAAUGUGUAGAUGCAAGUGAACCUACAAGCCAGCAGGAAACUCCAGUAAACUACCAUCAUGGUUAUGCGGAUGAUGACACCCCAGUGUUUGAUGGGAGGGUCACUCCUGAGUCAACAAGAAUUAAUUUAGAAGAACCGUCCACAAGUAGAUCUGCAUUAAACUUCUCAGAUGUAUUAACAAGACCCUCUCUUCAUCGGAGUCAUUUGAAUUGCACCAUGUUGGAUUCCCCAUCAGCACAUUGCCAGCCUUCCACAUCCUCUGCAUUUGCAAUUGGCAGUUCUGGACUCUCUCUUGUAAAAGAAAUCAAAGAUUCUACCUCUCAGCAUGAUGAUGAUAACAUCUCAACUACUAGUGGCUUCUCCUCUAGAGCAUCUGAUAAAGAUAUAGCAGUUUCAAAAAAUACAUCAGUACCACCACUCUGGUCCACAGAGGCUGAACGAUCUCAUUCUCUCACACAACAUUCUGCUACCAGCUCUAAAAAACCUGCAUUCAACUUAUCUGCUUUUGGAGCCCUAUCCCCUUCACUUGGUAAUGCUUCUGUCCUUAAGACAAGCCAGCUUGGGGAUUCUCCAUUUUACCCUGGAAAAACCACUUAUGGUGGUGCAGCUGCAGCAGCAAGGCAAUCUAAAAUACGAAUUACUCCUUAUCAGACACCAGUCAGAAGACAAAUGAAAGCUAAGCAAGCAAAUGUGCAAUCCUAUGGAGUGACAAGUUCCACAGCGCGGCGCAUCUUGCAGUCUCUGGAGAAGAUGUCAAGUCCUUUAGCAGAUGCUAAAAGGAUUCCAUCUUCUGUUGCUUCUCCACUGUCUUCUCCUGUGGACAGGAGCAUGCUGGAUAUUACUCGCUUCCAUUCAAAGAGAAAACAGGUGGAAUCCCUGCACCCUCCAGUCCAGAAAUUAGUGACACCGAAGACAAUUUCUCAGUCAAUGAGUCGGUUACAGUAUUUUAAACCAUCUCUGACUCCAGCUGCUGAGUCAGGCAAGAUUAGACAGAGAGUAGACGUAAAGCACAAAGGAGUGAGGGAGAAGAAUUUGACUGCAGAACAGCAAGUAGAGCCAUCUGAAAGCAAUUUCACAUACCCCAAAUUCAGUACACCUGCAUCUAAUGGAUUAUAUUCUGGAGUGGGAGGUGGUGGCGGUGGCAAGAUGAGAAGGGAAAGAGGAGUACACUAUGUAUCUCAACCAGGACAAGAAAAACAGGAGGUGGAGGCACCAGUACUACCCAAAAUACCCUUACCAAUUAAUACUACAUCACUGCCUAACUUCAGCUUUGGCUCCCUUGCCAGUACUACUGUGUCGUCAUCACCAAUCACUAAUACACAACCAGUGAUUAACAAGAUGCAACCAGCAAGUAAUGCUAGCAGUCCUGUGUUCAGAUUUUCAUCUCCAAUUGUAAAAUCUACUGAGGCAGAAGUGCUACCUCCACUGUCUAUUGGGUUUACGUUUAGUGUUCCUGUUGUGAAAUCAACACAAGCUUCUGGAUCCAGUGAUACUCCAGUGCCACUUCUGAUUAGCCCAGGUACCACUGCUGUAAAUAGCACCAGCAAUAAGAAGAAAGAAAAGGAAGAGUACGAUGGCGCCUUCAAGCCUGCAAAAGUCUUGAAAGAAGGGAGUGUACUGGAUCUUCUAAAAAGUCCUGACUUUACUUCUCUGAAGACACACAAUCCUACAGCCACACAGCCUGUUUCAACAAGCACAGAAGUUUAUACACGGCCUGCAAUAAGUAAUUUUUCUGCAGGUUCAUUGGGAUUUAGAGAGACCUCUAAACAAGCCUCAUCAUAUUGGCGCUGUGACACAUGUCUCUUACAAAACAAGGCAACAGACAACAAAUGCAUCACCUGUCAAGCUGCUAAAGUGCCGACAGCAGAUCCUGCUAAACAGACUGGAACGUUGACUCUAAGCAGCACUGUUAAAUCAACUGCUCCUGCAACAGGAACACUGGGCUUUGGAGACAAAUUUAAAACAGCAGCAGGAACAUGGGAUUGUGAUACAUGUCUAGUCCAGAAUAAACCUGAAGCUACAAAAUGUGUGGCCUGUGAGACACCAAAGCCUGGAACAGGAGUAAAGCCUGCUCUAACAUUGCCAGUGGUCACAGAAAAUACAAUAACAGUGACUUCCUCUCCUAGCUGCACUGAAACUACAGUCACUUUGGGGUUUGGAGACAAAUUCAAAAAACCAAAGGGUUCUUGGGACUGUACAGUGUGCCUUGUGUCAAAUAAGGCAGAAGACAGUAAAUGUGUAGCUUGUCAAUGUGAGAGACCAGGGGGUUCAGUGCCUGUGACUAGUAGCAGCACAUCCUCUUUCUCCGCUCCUUCUGGAGGAUUUCUGGGAUUAGACAAAUUCAAGAAACCUGAGGGAAGCUGGGACUGUGAAACAUGCUUGGUACAAAACAAAGCAGAGGCCACAAAGUGCAUAGCUUGUGAGAAUGCAAAACCAGGCACCAAGCCCGAGCUCAAAGGUUUUGGUACUGCUGCUGUGUCCUCAGAUGCUGCUGCACCGUCAUUUAAAUUUGGUAUUCAGUCAUCAUCCUUGGAGUCAUCUCAGACAUUAGGAAGCACAGAAAGUUUUAAAUUUGGAGAACAAGGGGGUUUGAAGUUUGGUAUUACAUCAGAGUCGGGAUCUGUAACAAACAACAUGACUGGGGGCUUCAAUUUCUCUAAAACUUCAGGGGACUUCAAAUUUGGAGUCUCUUCCUCAGACUCUAAAUCAGAGGAGAGUAAAAAAGACAGUAAGAAUAACAAUUUUAACUUAGGACUUCCCUCUGGUACAAGCAAUCCAUCUACUUCAGCAUUUCAGUUUGGGACAUCCAAUCUUGGACAGCAGGAAAAGAAAGAGGAACCUGUUUUAGGGGGUUUCAGUUUUGGCACAAGUUCUACUGCCCCCAUAGCUACAUUAGAGAAUAAAACAGGAGUGAGUGGAUUCAGUUUUGGAACGGUGGCAGAAAAGGAAGUUGCAGCAACUCCUUUUUUAUUUAAACAGUCAGAGGAGAAAAAAGAUGAAACUCCUUCAGCCAAGGGAGGCUUCACUUUUGGCAGCAUGGAGCCUGCAUCUGCCUCACAGUUUGUCUUGGGAAGGACAGAGGAGAAACAGGACUCUGUUACCUCUGCUACUUCAUUAGUGUUCAGGAAGACGGUUGACAAUGAGGAGCCAAAGGCGCAACCCGUCUUUUCGUUUGGGAAGUCUGAGCAGACCAAAGAAGAGAGCACAGCAAAACCCCCAUUCAGUUUCAACUUAACAAAACCAGGAGAGAAGGAAACUGAGCAAACAAAGCCAGCUUUUACAUUUGGGGCACAAACCAAUACUGCAGAUCCAGGGGCAGCAAAGCCAGCCUUUGGUUUCUUGAGCUCUGGUUCCUCCAGCACAGCCAUACCAAGCACUUCUGCUAACAGUAGUAGUGUGUUUGGCAGCUCCUCCUCUGCCUCAAAUCCUCCACCAGUUGCCGCUGCCUUUUUGUUUGGACAGGCCAGCAACACUGUGAGCAGUUCUGCAUUUGGCAAUGCCUCCGAAUCCAAUGCCCCUCAGUCAUUUGGGUUCUCUCAAGAAAACAAACCAGCAACCACAUCCUCCAGCACAGGUGCAGCUGUUGGUUCAUUUCUCUUUGGUUCAGGAACAGGCAGUAACAAUACUGCAACCCCUGGUUUCAACUUUGGGGCCACAACCACAUCAAGUUCUACAGGUUCUUCCUCUUCAUUUGUGUUUGGCUCUGGGUCUUCAGCACCUGCUGCCAGUCCCAGCCAGCCACCAGCAUUUGGUGCCAGCCAGACACCAACAUUUGGUCAAAGUCAAGGUGCCAGCCAGCCAAAUGCUCCAACUUUUGGAUCAUUAUCAUCAACUUCAUUAUUUUCAGCUGCCUCUCAGCCUGUACCUCCAGCCUUCGGGUCUGUGUCAAGCAGUAGUCAGCCUCCUGUGUUUGGACAGCAAGCAAGCCAACAGCCUGGUUUUGGCUCCGGUACAACACCUAAUUCCGGUGCUGUAUUCCAGUUCGGACGUAGUGAUAAUUUCAGCUUCACAAGUAAUAGCCCAGGAGUGUUUACUUUUGGUGGAAAUCCUGGUGCACCAGCGCCACCAACCCAGCCUUCUGGCUCUUCAGGAUUUCCAUUUAACCCGACUCCAACAUUUGCAGUGGGGUAAGAAUAUCUUUAAGUGACUAAAAGGGUGGUGGGGGGAGGAAUAAGGAUCCUAAUUCAUAGUGUUGAGUAUGUGCAGCUUCUAACUCCCAAAUCAGUCUUCAUUUAUAUGAUUAGUUUAGGUGUUCACAUGAACAUCUAUGAACAAUGACCUCCAUAUAAAUUCUUAGAAUUAUGUUAAAAGUGACCGACUAAUGGUUUUGGUGCCAAAUCUGACAUCAUCUUAAGGGGGCCUGAUUUUCAGAUGUUGAGCCAUCCGUCCUCUGAAGAUCAGGUUCUUUUUAAAGUGUCUGAAGUGAGGCACAGAAUCACUUUUAUACAUGAAAAUUAGGCCAUCUUUCAAUGUUUGCAGACUUUGCAUCUACUUUAAAGCCAGCUACUUAUUCAUCUUGUUCUGUACUGUAAUACAGCAAACGUGGCUGCUUAUUUUGUUUCUGGAAUCCUUCUCUUGCUUUGGAUUUUAUGACUUGUGGGCCUGGGUAAUUGCUGUCAGAAUACAUACUAUUGCAGAUGGUUAUUUUAAAUUAUUCCAGAAAAAUCCUGAGAUUUGCAGUGGCAGCAUGCUAGACUUUUGACUACUUCUGAAUUCUUUUUGACAGGUCUAACGGGAAAAAUAUUUUCUCUGCUUCUGGAUCUUCAGUUUCUGGGCGGAAGAUAAAGACUGCAGUUAGACGUAGAAAAUAAUUGUCAGUGGUGGUUAGACAGCAACUUUCACAACAGCUGGUGCCCUGCACUUAUUGGAUUGUACCUCACGCUGGGUUUAGCUGAAGUCAGAUCUGCCUAAAGAAAUUCAAAACUCUGCUGUCUUUUUCCCCAUUUAGUUUUUUUGGUAAGAAGUAGAGUUGGCAACAGGAAGGUUCUCAAACAAAACUAUUUUAGAAUCCAGCAAUUUCUUUAUUCAGACUUGGCAUGGUCUGGCUAUAGACAUGAAUAUAGCCCGUACAGCAAAUAGCUUUGUAUAAUACCUCUUCAUCUGCACCACUAUGUGCGCUCAUUUGCGUUUACUGACGCCUCAAAACUGUAAUUAUAUCAGUGAAGGGAUUCUGUAUAGAGUAGAGAAUGUUGAUAAUGAAUGAUUUCUAUGCUGAGUUUGUGCUGGUGUAUGUGUGAAGUGAGUGAGUUGGGUGUAUUGUGCACUAAAAUUUUCUGAUAGAGGAAGACUGAUUAAAGGAUGGUCCCUGCUAAGGACUUGUUAGAUCUGUAGUUCUCCAUUUAAUAAUUAUAUGCUAUUUCUAUAUUUUCAUUCUUACGGCUCUUUAUCACCUGUCUCGCCUUUUUGUUAUUUUAUUAUGAAAAAGUGUAAAUACAUUUUUGUUUCUCUUUUUUGGCAUAACAAAUCUGUGAACUUGAAAUUUUAAUUUUGUGUUACGGCAAUUUUUGUUUAGUAUUGUCUCAGAUUUUAUUAUGUAAAUCCCAUUAUUCAAAGUUGCCUAAAUCCAUUUGGAAAAUCUUUAAAUAAAAUUGGGAAUUCUUAAAGUGAGUUUAUUGGCUUUUCUGAUCCAUUUUUGUUUGGACCAAAAACCAGUAUUGUACAAAGUAUUAAGUAUAUAUUUUUAUAUUUACAGAAAUGGACUGUGGUGACUUUGGAUAAUAAGGAAAAGUUUAAUAUUAAAGCCAUGUUUAUUACAGUAUAAUUAACAUGUUAAACCAUGGGAUAAAUGCCAUCAAUAAAAAUUAUGAAAUAUUGUUUGUUGUAGUUUUAACUCACAAUGAAGCCUAUCUGUAAGAUUAAGCAUUGUGUCCAUCAGAAUAGAGCUCAUACCUCCCUGCAACAUUUCUGCUUUCAACAGAAAUACUGAGAUUGGUAUAAAUGUGUGCUCUGUGAUUUAAUGGAUCCUCUAAACAAGGGGAUGUCCAAACUUCUCAACCCAGAGGGGCUGUAACUGGCUACUUACCUAGAGCCUGAGGGCUGCACCUAACUUGCAUAUACAUUUACAUACUUUUAAAAAUCAAAAUAAAUGCACCUAACCAUAA